AUGCUCCUGGCUCCAGAGCUCCAGCUCCAGAGCUCCAGCUCCAGAGCUCCAGCUCCAGAGCUCCAGCUCCAGAGCUCCAGCUCCAGAGCUCCAGCUCCAGAGCUCCAGCUCCAGAGCUCCAGCUCCAGAGCUCCAGCUCCAGAGCUCCAGCUCCAGAGCUCCAGCUCCAGAGCUCCAGCUCCAGAGCUCCAGCUCCAGAGCUCCAGCUCCAGAGCUCCAGCUCCAGAGCUCCAGCUCCAGAGCUCCAGCUUCAGAGCUCCAGCUCCAGAGCUCCAGCUCCAGAGCUCCAGCUUCAGAGCUCCAGCUCAAGAGCUCCAGCUUCAGAGCUCCAGCUCUAGAGCUCCAGCUCUAGAGUUCCAGCUCCAGAGCUCCAGCUCCAGUGCUCCAGCUCCAGAGCUCCAGCUCCACAGCUCCAGCUCCACAGCUCCAGCUCCAGAGCUCCAGCUCCAGAGCUCCAGCUCCAGAGCUCCAGCUCCAGAGCCUCGCUAG